AAUGUCUAACAGUCAGAGUGGUGAUCAACAACACACACAGAAGGCCUUCGGUUGGGCAGCAAGAGACAACUCUGGAAUUCUCUCCCCAUUUCACUUUACUAGGAGAGUGAAUGGAGACGAAGAUAUUACGAUGAAGAUACUUUACUGUGGAAUCUGCCAUUCAGACCUUCACAUUACAAGAAAUGAUUUUGGAUUUGAUGUUUACCCCGUUGUUCCUGGGCACGAGAUCGUUGGAGUAGUGACCCAUGUCGGGUGCAACGUACAGAAAUUCAAGAUUGGAGAUAAAGUAGGUGUUGGGUGCUUGGUUGGGUCUUGCGGUUCUUGCGAAAACUGCCAUGAGGAUCUGGAGACCUAUUGCCCCAAAGUUGAAUUUACAUACACCUUCUUCAAUGACGCGACCGGAAAGAAAAACUACGGUGGAUAUUCCGAUUUCUAUGUUGUUAAUGAGCACUUUGCUUUACGCUUCCCCGAUAAUCUGCCUUUAGAUGCCGCCGCACCAUUACUAUGUGCCGGGAGUACUGUUUACAGCCCCAUGAAAUACUAUGGAUUGGAUAAGGCAGGAAAGCAUUUGGGAGUGGUUGGGCUCGGUGGACUUGGGCAUGUGGCUGUCAAGUUUGCUAAGGCUUUCGGCUUGAAAGUCACUGUGAUCAGUACAUCUCCAAGCAAGGAGAAGGAAGCCCUUGAACGAUUUGGAGCUGAUUCGUUUUUGUUGAGCAAGGACUCAGACCAAAUGAAGGGUGCGGUGAGCACAAUGGAUGGGAUAAUAGAUACGGUUUCUGCAUCUCACCCAAUGGCACCAUUGAUUGAUCUAUUGAAGCCUCAUGGUAAGCUAGUGGUGGUGGGUGCACCAGAAAAACCAAUGGAGCUCCCAAUCUUUCCAUUACUUCUGGGGAGGAAGCUUGUUGGGGGAAGUGCAGUAGGUGGGAUAAAAGAAACACAAGAAAUGAUAGAUUUUGCAGGGAAGCACAACAUAGUGGCUGCUAUCGAAGUUAUAUCGAUGGAUUAUGUGAACACUGCUAUGGACCGACUUGCAAGAGGAGACGUUAGAUAUCGAUUUGUUAUCGAUAUAGCUAAUACCUUAAACUUCUCUAUUUCAAUUUCCCAAUCUGGUUGUAAAAUGUCAAACAGUGAAGGAGAAGAGCAAACACAGAAGGCCUUGGGUUGGGCAGCAAGAGACACUUCUGGAAUUCUCUCCCCAUUUCACUUUACUAGGAGGGCCAAUGGAGACGAAGAUAUUACCAUGAAGAUACUUUACUGUGGAAUCUGCCAUUCAGACCUUCACUUUACAAGGAAUGAUUUUGGAUUUGGUGUUUACCCUAUUGUUCCUGGACACGAGAUCGUGGGAGUAGUGACCCAAGCCGGGUGCAACGUAGAGAAAUUCAAGAUUGGAGAUAAAGUAGGUGUGGGGUGCUUGGUUGGGUCUUGCGGUUCUUGCGAAAACUGCCAUGAGGAUCUGGAGACCUAUUGCCCCAAAGUUGAAUUUACAUACACCAUGUUGGAUGACGGGACCGGAAAGAAAAACUACGGUGGAUAUUCCGAUAUCUUCGUCGUUAACGAGCACUUUGCUGUCCGCUUACCCGAAAAUCUGCCGUUAGAUGCCACGGCACCGUUACUAUGUGCCGGGUGUACUGUUUACAGCCCCAUGAAAUACUAUGGACUCGAUAAAUCAGGAAAGCAUUUGGGUGUGGUUGGGCUUGGUGGACUUGGGCAUGUCGCAGUGAAGUUUGGUAAGGCCUUCGGCAUGAAGGUGACUGUGAUCAGUACAUCUCCAAGCAAGGAGAAGGAAGCCAUUGAACGACUUGGGGCUGAUUCUUUUUUGUUGAGCAAGGACUCGGACCAAAUGAAGGCAACGGUGAGCACAAUGGAUGGGAUUAUUGAUACGGUUUCUGCACCUCACCCUAUGGCACCGUUGAUUGAUCUAUUGAAGCCUCAUGGGAAGCUAAUGGUGGUGGGUGUAUCUGAGGAAACAGUGGCGAUGCCACUUUUUCCAUUACUUCUUGGGAGGAAGCUUGUUGGGGGAAGUGGAGUAGGUGGGAUGAAAGAAACACAAGAAAUGAUAGAUUUUGCAGGGAAGCACAACAUAGUGGCUGAUAUCGAAGUUAUAUCGAUGGAUUAUGUGAACACUGCUAUGAAACGACUUGAAAAAGGAGACGUUAGAUAUCGAUUUGUCAUUGAUAUAGCUAAUACUUUAAAUGUUUAGCUAGCUAAUCUC